CUGCCUUCCUUAUCUUUCAAAUACACACUCUUCCUUUACGUGACUCUGGUGGUAAACCAUUAUGCAAGCUAUAUUGUGGUUAUUGCAAACAUUAAGAUAUCCAUAAUUUGCAUGCACAGCUUAAGGAUUCUAAAUGAAAUGAUCGAUAGAUUUGUUAUAGAGAGAAGCAAACAACUGUUGAUGUAGUGAGAAGAGAGGAAGCUCAACAGGAGGGGCUUCAGAGUUGGCAGUGUGAACGUAAAUGUAACUAGAUAUCACUCAGCGAAAUCACACCUUUGGAGCUCGCUGUAGUUGAGGGCUAGUGUCGUCUGCAGAUGAGCACUUGAUGCCUGGAAAUAUAUUAGAGGUGGAAAAGCUAUGUAGACGUGACAGAUGUCUCAACAUCCACACAGGAAACUGGAGAGAGGGAGGGAGAGCGCACAAGUGGGAAAACAGCAAUUUAAACAGCCUUUGAAUAAAAAGAAGAGUGAAGAGAGUGCCGUUGCCAGUCCCUGGGUGAAACAAAUUCUAAAUCAGCAUAUUCGUAAAAAGCUGCAAAGGGAAUCUGGAAGUCAGGAUCCACACCAGCUGUGUGCAUCCGAUAUACCAGAUACUUAUUUUGAGGAGGAAAAUCCGUUAAGAAGAACAGCCUCAGAGCCAAUUCUGAAGCUGCGACCAAAGAGAAGUGUAAAAUCAAGACAGAACCCACUGCUGCGUAAAACCAGUGCGCCCCCUGCUGUCAGACCAUCUGACAGCAUCUCUAUGGAGCUAUCUUCCAGUUCUGCUUCAGCGUUUAAGAGAAGUUUAUCACCAAAUAAAAGGAUGAGCCGUCAAGAGCCACAAACCUGUAGUGCAUCGCCACACAAGGGUGAAUCUCUACACAUUGACAUUCAGAACCACAUCUUAUGGUCUAGAUGUCCUGCCCCUGUUUUUCAGCCACUGCAUACACAAGUCUUUACCUUGCAUCCACAUUUUCUUACAGUUCCUGAGCAAUGGGCGGUGAUGCCUCAUAGGCCUUUGUGCAAAUCCCAGUCGGCACCUUCUCAUAUACAGCAUUAUACGCACAUACACACUCAGACUCUUAUGUUUCCACACCACAUGUACCAUCAGCAGUUGCCACAGGAGACAUUCCAGCACCGCACUCCAAAAAAGGUACCCGUUCGCUCAGUGUGGCCCGUAUCUCCUGGAGAACUGGCAAUGGACAGAGAAGAAGCAAGAGAGGCAGUGCACAUUCCAUCUCAAUCCCAGCUUGAAAACUGUGGUAGUAAUCAAUUGGGAGAACAGCACAGUGGAGAAUAUCGGGAUUGGCGAAACAAAAAAUAUCACCGGAACCUUACACGUGUACAUUCGUCUCCAGGCACUUUUGACAGAAGGCUGCCUUCACAUUUAACCUCACCUCUGGCCCGACAUGUCAGGAGCAAACCAAACUACACCACAGGUUUGGUGUAUGACUUUCAGAUGCUGAAUCAUGAGUGUGACUGUGGAGAUAUCAGCUUUCACCGGGAACAUGAUGACAGAAUUACAAGUAUCUGGUCAAGAUUGCAGCAGUGUGGCCUCAGGGAUCGGUGUAAGUGGGUUAAAGGCAGGCUGGCCACUUUUGAGGAACUACUGUCAGUUCAUUCAGCACAACAUAUUUUUCAUUAUACUGGGCCCUCAAAAACAAAAUCUUCAAAUAAUUUCUGCAGUACAGCAGCACGGAAGAUGGCAGUCGGCGGUGUGAUUGAGCUGGCUCUGCGUGUGGCUAGAGGAGAGCUAAGGAAUGGUUUUGCUGUGGUCACACCUCCAGGACACCAUGCAUCACAUUGUCAAACAUAUGGUUCCAGUAUGUUUAAUUCUGUGGCCAUUGCUGCUAAACAGCUUCAGGACCGAUUGAAGGUUAAAAAGAUCCUAAUAGUAGAUUGGGAUGUUCAUCAUGGUUAUGGAACUGAGAAGAUAUUCUACACAGAUCCUAGUGUCCUCUAUAUAUCCCUGCAUCGCUAUGACAAUGGUUCUUUCUUCCGUGGUACUGGAGAACCCACCAAGGUAGGAUCUGAUAAAGGGGAAGGCUAUAAUGUAAAUGUGGCAUGGUCAGGCGGACUGAGUCCUCCAAUGGGAGAUGCAGAAUACCUUGCUGCAUUCAGAACCGUAGUUAUGCCUAUUGCUCAAGAGUUUUCCCCAGAUGUGGUGCUGGUUUCAGCUGGUUUUGAUGCUGCAAAGGGUCACUCAGAUUCUCUGGGUGGAUACAUGGUCUCAGCAAAAUGUUUCGGAUUCUUGACCCGGAAAUUAAUGGAAUUGGCUGAAGGUCGAGUGGUGUUGGUGUUAGAGGGAGGUUAUGACAUCGCAUCCCUCUGCGAUGCAUCCCAAUCCUGUGUCAGUGCUCUUGUGGGAAAUGAGCCUGAGCCUUUAGCUGAGGAGGAAUUACAGAGGAAUCCCUGUGCCAAUGCAGUCGGUUCCCUGGAGACGGUACUGCGUGUUCAGAGCAGGUACUGGCGUUCAGCGAGGUCUAUGCUGGACACUGUGUCUCUGUCUUAUGUAAAAGCAGAGAGGAGAUACUCGGCAGGCACUGAAGCUGCUUUAGUUCUGGAUGGCCUUAGUAUGACUGUUCCAAGAAGAAGCCGUUCCCCGAAUGAGCCAACGGAGCAUGAUGAAGAUGAUUCAAUGUAGAAGCCAGUCUUACUCCUUUUCUUGGAGACUUACUUGGAUGACUGAAGUGUGUGAGACAGGAGACAAUCCUUUGGAACUAAGAUGAAAAACAGAACCUAACUGUCAUAAUCACAUCUUGUGAGUGAUUUACUCAAAUGCUGACUCAUUUUUUGAUUUUGCAAUUAUAGCUUUCCCUCUGGGAAAUGUCAAACAAGGAUAUUAUGCAGGCAGGAAGUGAACAUUUAUGAGAAACAUUAAGUGAAUUGUUUUCACAGGUCUUAUCCAUGAUAUAGAUUUUUUUUUUUUAUCAUCAAGUAUAUACACACUACCAUUCAAAUGGUCAGGGUCAGUUAGUUUUUUUUAUUACUUAUUUAAUUCAAGGACACUUUAAGCUUUGUAUCCAUCAAAUAAUCCUGUAAAAAAAAAAAAUGUGUUUCUUGAGCAGCAAAUCAGCAUAUUAGAAUGAUUUCUUAAGGAUCAUGCGACACUGAAGACUAAAGUAAUGAUGCUUUUUUUAAAUUGUAAUAAUAUU